AUGUCUCCUGCCACCGACUUUUUACGCCCCCUUGUCAUCUCAGGCCCUUCUGGCGUCGGCAAAAGCACCCUCCUCAAACGCCUCUUCGCCGACUACCCGGAAAAGUUCGGUUUCAGCGUUUCUCACACUACCCGCUCUCCCCGAACAGGCGAAGUCGAUGGCAAAGACUACCACUUUGUGACACACGACAAGUUCAAGGACCUCCUUACACAAGGGGCAUUCAUUGAACACGCACAAUUCUCCGGAAACUUCUACGGUACCAGCUUCAUGACGGUCCGGGAGAUUCAGGAGAGUGGGAGAAGGUGUCUCUUGGAUAUUGAGGCGCAGGGUGUUCGCCAAAUAAAGGCUACGGACCUGAAUCCAGUAUAUCUAUUCGUCUCUCCGCCUACCCUCUCUGAGCUCCGUCAGCGGCUGCAAGGUCGUGGUACUGAGACAGAAGCAGCCGUCGCCAAACGCCUUGCUACCGCGCUGAAGGAGAUCGAGUACGCGAAGGAGGGAGCUCAUGAUCUCGUCAUCGUGAACGAUGAUCUUGACAGGGCCUACGAGAAGUUCAAGAGCGUUGGGCUGGGAGAAUAUAUUGCUAGUGACUCUUUGCCUUCGCUAGACGAUUAA